AUGUCUUCCCGUUACUCUGCAGCGCGUCCGAAGCGAGCUGGCGAGAACUUUGCUCGAACGCAUCACGGCGAAGAAGAGGACACAAAACGAGUCAAAUUCGAUGUCCGCAACCCGUCCAUCUUGGCGCCGGACGCGCGGGAAGAUGAUGCAGUCCUAGAUGCCGACGUGAUUGGUGGCAGUCAUGCCACGAAACGAGGUGCCGUAAACCUCGACGGCUACGACAGCGAUUCGGACAAUGAGAAUUUCAAUGCGCGAGCAGGAAGUCGCAAGAAGGGAGAUGUAAAUAUCCUUGAGCAGCUGGACAACUACGACGCCAAGGCCAGCAGCGCCAACGAGCAGCCGCACAGACCGAUCAACGAAGAUGACGAUGACGAUGACAUGUUUGCGGCGGAGAAUGACGAAGAACAAGGCAAAGAGGAGGCUGGAGAAGACGAAGACUUUGAGAAAUCUGGCAGAAAGAAGAAGAACGUCAAGUUUUUGGACGAUGCUCAGAUCCAAGGCCAGGAGAAAGGGAGCAAAAGUGGAGGCACUAUCCGCCUAGACGAACAAGAAAGCAGCGAUGAUGAACAAGACUUGGAGCUUGCGAUUCAAGAAGAGGGAGUGGACGAAGAAGUGGGAGCUGGCGGCUUAAAACGCAACGCGCCCAAAGUUGAGGCCUUCAACCUUAGGGAGGAAAUGGAAGAUGGCCGGUUCGAUCAGGAUGGCAACUACGUGCGAAAAGCUAAUGAUGCUGAUGCCGUCCAUGACAGCUGGCUCGAAGGUUUGAGCAAAAAGGACAUGAAGAAAGCGGCAGCGGCGCACGAAAGACGCGAGGCUGAAGCGCGAGAGAAGCGCAUCGAAGAGGAUGGCGUCUUGGAGUCGGAGCUACUAGCAGCGUUGAUCACGAGGCUGGAAAGAACCGAAACACCCCUGGAAGCUUUGGCACGACUAGGAAAAGACAAGCCGAAAACCAAAAAGAUACCCAAAUGGAAGCUCAAGAAGAUGAACAAGGGUGCAGAAGCUAUGGACACCGAUCAGGAAGCAGCAACGGAUCCGAAACAUGUGGAGAUUAAAGAAGCAAUCGAUGCCAUCACAGACGCGGCCGAUAAACUACUGAGCCGUGGGCACGAAGAAAUCUACGAUCAAGAGAGAGAACUGCUGGUCCGUGAAUAUCGACGCGAGACGGGAGAAGACUGGGUCGAGCCCAAGAUCGAGGCCCAGGCCGAGGCUGAGGCUGAGCCAGCUUCAGCUGCAGCUGCAGAAGACGCAUCGGCUCGGGCUAAUGGCACGAUGUGGGAGUUUAGGUGGACAGAUGGACGAGACAAUGCCGCAAAGCAAGGUCCUUUUGACGGCCCCGCGAUGAAAGCUUGGCAGGAUGCCGGAUAUUUUGGUCAGGGCGUCGAGUUCCGAGUCGUCGGCGCAGGCGAGGAGGCGUGGGCCGCUUCGGCAGACUUUUCGCGGGGACAGCUGUGA